AUGACAUCUAUUCUCGAUUCCACUCUAACAUCUUCUAUUAACCUUCCUCAUGAUGAAGAGUUACCUACAUGUGUUCGUUGUAAAGAGGAUAUUACUACUGGUCAUGCUUAUGAAUUAGGUGACGAUAAAUGGCAUACACACUGUUUUUCCUGUUAUAGAUGUAAUAAACCACUAAGUUGUGAAUCCGAUUUCUUAGUUUUAGGAACAGGAACAUUAAUCUGUUUUGAUUGUUCCGAUUCAUGUAAAAGCUGUGGUAAAAAAAUUGAUGAUUUAGCGAUUAUUUUAUCAUCGUCAAAUGAAGCAUACUGUUCUGGUUGUUUUAAAUGUUGUAAAUGUGGUGAUAAGAUCAAAGAUCUAAGAUAUGCUAAGACCAAAAGAGGAUUAUUUUGUUUGUCUUGUCAUGAGCGACUCCUGGCCAAAAGAAAAUAUUAUGAAGAAAAGAAAAGACGGUUGACUAAACAUUUACCAACAAUACCCAAAGAACUACAAGAGGAUGAUGACUUAAGUUCACCUAAGGAAUUGAAAGUUCCAGAACGUUCAAGAAAUAGACCAAUUUCUCCUGAAAGAAAAGGAUCAAAUUCAAACAAUUCCAAUUCUCAUAAAAGAAAUGUGUCUAUUGAUGAUAUGUUGAAAUCUACUCUUGCACGUGAGGGGUAUGAAAAUCAAACUUCUGAACAUAAUAAUGAUGAUGUUGAAGAUUCUAGUAUAGAUAAUUUAUCAUUAGAACCAUUGGAAAAUUUGGAAAAUGAAGGUAUUAUUGAUAAUAUUAUCCCACAAGCAAUGCAAGAUGCAUCUCCACUUCUAUUGGAUUCCGAGUUUAAUGUACGUACUAGUAGUAAUGCUAGUUCGAGCGGUUACAAAGGUGGACUAUAUGCGGAAGCAUUAAAUAAACCAAGCUCGACUACAUCAGAAAGUUACGGAGGCCUCGGUAUCACCUCAGCAUCUAUGUCUUCUAACACAGCUCCAGAUACGGAAAUUACGCCCCACGACACUCAGAAUAAGAAUAAACCCUCUUUUGACCCACAAUUAAAAGAAAUAAAGAGUACAAAUUCUCCAGUGUCUGUUGACUCAAGGGACAGGUUUGAAAAACCACCAAAACCGACAGCAGGUAUUGAAGCCUUUCGGAUGUAUAAAACUCCUGCAUUAGAUUUUUCAAAUUCAAGUACUAAUCUGAGAAGGGAUUUUCUUAAUACUGAUAUAGAAGAAUACAAUGAAGAAGAAAUGGAACGUAAAAUCGGUGCAUCCAAACAAGAAUUAGAUGAAUUAGAAAAUGAUAUUAAAACAUUAAAGGACAUUAAACAAAAAUUGCUAGAUGAAGUUUCAUCGAUUGAACAGAAAAAGGUAAAGCUACUAGAGGAAGUACGGGAGUUACAGGCAGAAAAACCUCCUGUACAAGAUUUGAGAAAUACAUCAUCAGAAAUUAAACGUAAUCGCAUUAGACCUCCUCCAGAAAUGCCAAUGGUUAAUAUGUUCGAUUCUAUUUCACCAUCUAAAGAACAAGAACAUGUGGCUAGUGUGGCUAGACAAGCCAAACCGAAAUUUUGGAAGUUAUUCUCUUCCUCAAACUCACCACAAAAACCAAAUUUAAUGACAAAGUCAUCUUCAUCCAGAGGUAUUUCUAACCUUGGAAUUAAUGGACGAGAUGAUGAAAAUGAUUUUCCAGGGAUCCACAUUGAUAAAUUAUCACCAUUUUCAAAUUCAAAAAUGAACAAAUCAGGUUCCACUCAAAGUAUGUUCUCUGAAAUAAAAGAGGAUGGAUCAAAUUUGUAUGGCUCUACCUUAGUUCAGCGCUGUCAAUAUGAGCGUUCGCAAAUUCCAAAUAUCAUGAUACGUUGCAUAGAAAAUAUCGAAUGUGAUGAAGAAAACCUACGUAGUGAAGGCCUGUAUAGGAAAUCUGGAUCCCAAGCAGUUAUAGAAAAUUUGGAAAAGAAGUUUUCUAAAAAGGAAGAUUUCAAUUUAGCAGAUUAUGAUAUCAAUGUCUCAACAAGUAUAUUAAAGAGGUAUUUAAGGAAGCUUCCUGACCCUAUAAUUACCUUUCAGAUCUAUGAUCCACUAAUUAGUGUUGUUAGAACAAGAAAUAUGACCACAAGGUUACCCUUAGGAAAGGACAAAAUCCUGACACAAGAAGAUAUAGCUUCUGUCACUGAUAUUCUAAAUCAAUUGCCAAAGGAACAUAUAUAUUUAUUGAAAGUUUUGAGUGUUCAUUUAGAAAAGGUAAUGGGAUAUAAGGAUUAUAAUUUAAUGGGUCUGAAUAAUAUAGCACUAGUUUUUGCACCAGGUUUGAUAAGAGAUCUGAGUGGAGAAAAGGAUAUAUUGGACAUGAAAGAACGUAAUUAUAUAAUUGGUUUCAUCUUGGAACAUUAUAAACAACUUUUUUAUUAA